AUGUUCAGAAAAAUACACUCCAUAUUUCAUCCCAACUCCAGCAGGAGUAGUUUAUCUGAUGGGAUCCCAGCUGAUGAUGGCUCUGCGGUCCGUUUGAUCCGUAGCACCUCUAUGUAUGCUCUCAGAGACGAGGAGCAUACAGUCAUCGAACCUUUGAAAAAAAGCAGAAGUACCAGCAGCCUUAAUUCAGUCGCCUGCCUUCAGCUGAAAGAAGAAAAGGCAUGGAUGUACUCAAAGACACAAGACUGUUUGCAGUAUUUACAAGAUUUAUUAGCUCUGAGGAAAAAAUACCUUGAGGGUAUCAAGGAUUUGAAAGCCUUGGGCAGAGUGCCUGGAAUUUCCCCAUUCCCUACAAAAUCUUCAGCAACAAGAAAAAAAACUCAAGCCCCACCUGCUCCCAAACAGACUUCUAAGAUCUCAGCGGACAGAAAAUUCUCUCAACUCAGUUCAGAUGUGACUGAAGCAAUCAUUUAUUUUGACUCAAUUAUUGCAGAGCUGGAUGCAGAAAGACACCAAAAAAUUGUUGUGAGGGAUCAUCCACACGUUGAUGUAGAUUUUGAUAUUGUUUCUAGUAGUUCAAGAGAACACAGCUUACACUCCAACUGGAUCCUUCGUGCCCCUCGGAGAUAUUCCCAAGAUACCAGCCAAGCAGCAGCAACUGCAGGCCAAUCCAAAGAAAAAGGCCAACGAAGAUCAAUCAGCUCCAGAAAGAAACUGCAAAGAUAUCCAAUGUAUCUACCGAAAGCUGUAGAGGGAGCAUUUAAUACAAUGAAAUUUAAACCCAAGAUGUGCCUCAGAGAAAAGCCCUGA